CGGUGCCUGUCACACGUAAUAAUGGGAGCGCAACAGAGCGAGAUGGCAAGCAACGGCAAGCCUGACCUGGUCACGAAGAUCAAGGCCAAGGUGGCUGCAGCGGACCCCAAGAAGGCCAGGGAGCUGGGCGGCGUCCACCUCUUCAACAUCAUCAAAGGAACUUCUGUUUACAGCUGGACUCUAGACCUAAACAAUGUGAGAGUCUUCGAAGGAGAACCGGAAGACGACCCAGACUGCACCUUUACACUCAGCGAGCAAGUCUUCAAGCAAUUGGUCCAGGGUCGAGAGGAUCCCAGGACCAUAAUGCAAGCUGGAAGGUGCUCUGUAACCGGGGACAUUAUGAGGGCCAUGAAGCUAGAGCCUUAUAUCAAGAUUGAUUAGUCGUGCGUGUUAAAAAUAAAAAAAUAAUAAUCUAUGGCUGCUGACUAAAAUUAAAAAAAAAAGAAUCCACAUUUCAA